AUGAAGCUGUCGCAGGUGCUGUCGCAAGCGCACGCGACAGCUGGUUACAAUCGCAACAAGUUCCUCGUUUUCGCGCUGCUCUGCACCAACUGCUUCACCCUCGUCACUCUCUAUGGCACCGUCCCCCGGUUUUCCGGGACCCUGGAUAUUGACGAUGCUGCUGACGUGGACCUGCGCAGCAGCAGGGGAAGCGGAGGGGGAAGCGCAUGGGGGGAGGAAGGGGAAAGUGCGCUAGAGGGGAAGCAGGGGAAGACGCCCGCGCUGCGCCUGUCCAACGCCACAGAUCGCACGUUCAAGCGAGGGUUUGGCAUGCAGGGCUUUGUGUAUUUCAGCGCAUACCGCAUCUCUGCAAGCCUCUUUGUGGUCAUCGGUCUCUCUCCCCUGCCCCUACAUCGAAACCUCGAUGCACGGGUGUGCCGCUGGUAUCCUGCCACGUCAUCCUCGUCCUCCCCUAUCCUCGGCGAAAUAUCAAUAGAAUAUCCGGGCGAGUCGCACGGCAAGCCGUAUGAGGUGGCAAUGCUGUUCUGCCAGCUCAGCAGCCCCACCCCUAGCAUGAGAGGCAGGGGGGGACGAAAGGGAGAGGGGCAGCAGAGCGCGGGGGGGCAUCUGACGGUUGUGAUCGAACGAGAGGAGAUCCUGGUGCUCGGGGAACCGGCCAAUGAGAAGCUGCCACUUGAGCCCUCAGCCCCCUACACAAGUAACAUCACCUACUGCUCCUCGCCCAUCUACGGGCAAUUCAACUCACUGAGAGUGCUCGAGUGGGUGGUAUACCACCAGCAGGGCCACGGGGUGGACCUGUUUCACAUGUACGAUGCGGGCGGCAUGGGCGAGCCUAUAAUGAGGACGCUGGGUCCCUUUAUAAGGGAGGGGCAGAUGACUGUAACGGAUGUGACUGAAGUGGACGAAUUCGAGACAUGGUUUGGACAGGUGCUAGUGGUGAACGACUGUGCCUACCGCUCUCUCUUCACCUCUCGCUGGGUGCUCUUUCUGGAUUUGGACGAGUAUCUCUACGUCUCAGAACCCCUAGGCUCUUCCCUCAUCACUGCGCUUGCUCGCUAUGAUCAAGCAGCCUAUGUCUCCUUUGGCAGUCUCUACUUUUACACGGACAAGUGCUCGCACUCCAUGAACGUCUCUGCCUCAUCCCCAACCCGUUGGGAGGUCGAGAGGAUGAUAUUCCGCCAGGCCGACGUGCACUGUGUGGCGCCCAAGCGAUAUGAAUCAAGAGACUUGUGCCUGGGGUUUGACGGGCACCGGAAAUAUGUGGCUGACCCAAGGAGAGUGAAGCUGUUCGGGGUGAGUCACGAGGGUUCUGGUAGGGGUUUUAGGGUGUAUUUUGGGGCAGGGAGGCAGGUGGGAGGUGGAGUGGAGAGGACGAUAUUCCGCCAAGCGAAUGUGCACUGUGUGGCACCUAAACGCUAUGAGUCGAGAGAUAUGUGCCUGGGGUUCGAUGGCCACCGGAAAUACGUGGCUGACCCGAGGAAGGGAGGCGGGUGGGAGGUGGAGAUGAUGAUAUUCCGCCAGGCCGACGUGCACUGUGUGGCGCCCAAGCGUUAUGAGUCGAGAGAUAUGUGCCUGGGAUUCGAUGGGCAUCGGAAAUAUGUCGCUGACCCGAGGAGAGUGAAGCUGUUCGGGGUGAGUGGAAAGGGGCGGUGUUUCAGGGCGAGUCAGCAGGGGUUCACUUUGGGAAAUCUAUCUGGAAGGGAGGCGGGUGGGAUGGGAGGUGGAGAUGAUGAUAUUCCGCCAGGCUGA